AUGCCGGGGGGCAAGAGAGGGCUGGUGGCACCGCAGAACACCUUCCUGGAGAACAUUGUCCGGCGCUCAAGCGAAUCCAGUUUUUUGUUGGGAAAUGCCCAGAUCGUGGACUGGCCCGUAGUUUAUAGUAAUGACGGGUUUUGUAAACUCUCUGGAUAUCAUCGAGCUGACGUCAUGCAGAAGAGUAGCACCUGCAGUUUUAUGUAUGGUGAACUGACAGACAAGAAGACCAUUGAAAAAGUCAGACAGACUUUCGACAACUAUGAGUCAAACUGCUUUGAAAUUCUCCUCUACAAGAAAAACAGAACUCCAGUUUGGUUCUACAUGCAAAUUGCACCUAUAAGAAAUGAGCAUGAAAAAGUGGUUCUGUUCUUGUGCACUUUUAAGGAUAUCACUUUGUUCAAACAACCAAUUGAAGAUGAUUCAACAAAAGGUUGGACAAAGUUUGCUCGAUUGACGCGUGCCCUGACAAACAGCCGGAGCGUACUGCAGCAGCUGACGCCGAUGAACAAGGCCGAGGUGGUGCACAAACACUCUCGGUUAGCUGAAGUUCUCCAGCUGGGAUCUGAUAUUCUUCCUCAGUACAAGCAAGAAGCUCCUAAGACUCCGCCACACAUUAUACUACACUAUUGUGCUUUUAAGACCACUUGGGACUGGGUCAUCUUAAUUCUAACCUUCUACACAGCAAUUAUGGUUCCAUAUAAUGUUUCCUUCAAGACAAAACAGAACAACAUUGCCUGGCUUGUGCUGGACAGUGUCGUGGAUGUUAUUUUUCUGGUUGAUAUUGUUUUGAACUUUCACACGACCUUUGUUGGCCCUGGUGGAGAGGUUAUAUCUGAUCCCAAACUCAUAAGGAUGAACUACCUGAAAACAUGGUUUGUGAUUGAUCUUCUCUCCUGCUUACCAUAUGACAUCAUCAAUGCCUUUGAGAAUGUGGAUGAGGGGAUCAGCAGCCUCUUCAGUUCCUUAAAAGUGGUGCGUCUUCUACGACUCGGUCGAGUUGCCAGGAAGUUGGACCAUUAUCUGGAAUAUGGUGCUGCUGUACUGGUACUGUUGGUGUGUGUAUUUGGGCUGGUGGCCCACUGGCUAGCCUGCAUAUGGUACAGCAUCGGGGACUACGAAGUUAUAGAUGAAGUCACUAAUACAAUCAAAACAGAUAGUUGGCUCUACCAAUUGGCCCUGAGUAUCGGGACACCAUAUCGAUACAACACCACUGGCUCAGGGCAGUGGGAAGGAGGACCCAGUAAAGACUCGUUGUACAUAUCCUCUCUCUACUUUACCAUGACAAGCCUUACAACGAUAGGAUUUGGAAACAUUGCACCAACCACUGAUGGAGAGAAGAUUUUUUCGGUGGCCAUGAUGAUGGUUGGCUCUCUUCUUUAUGCAACUAUUUUUGGAAAUGUCACCACCAUUUUCCAGCAAAUGUAUGCCAACACCAACCGAUACCACGAGAUGCUGAACAAUGUGAGGGAUUUCCUAAAAUUAUAUCAAGUCCCAAAAGGCCUUAGUGAAAGAGUCAUGGAUUAUAUUGUCUCAACCUGGUCCAUGUCGAAAGGAAUUGACACAGAGAAGGUUCUCUCAAUUUGCCCAAAGGACAUGAGAGCAGAUAUUUGUGUGCACCUAAACCGGAAGGUUUUUAAUGAGCACCCUGCCUUCCGACUGGCUAGCGACGGCUGCCUGCGAGCCCUGGCUGUGGAGUUCCAGACGAUCCACUGUGCCCCAGGAGACCUCAUCUACCACGCUGGGGAAAGCGUUGAUGCUCUUUGCUUUGUGGUCUCAGGAUCCCUAGAAGUCAUCCAGGACGAUGAAGUGGUUGCUAUUUUAGGUAAAGGUGAUGUGUUUGGUGAUAUCUUCUGGAAGGAAACCAGUCUGGCCCAUGCAUGUGCCAAUGUACGGGCUCUGACAUACUGCGACUUACAUAUUAUUAAACGAGAAGCCUUGCUUAAAGUGUUGGACUUCUAUACUGCUUUUGCAAACUCCUUCUCCAGGAAUCUCACACUCACCUGCAAUCUGAGGAAACGGAUCAUCUUCCGGAAGAUCAGUGAUGUCAAGAAGGAGGAAGAAGAGCGUCUGCGCCAGAAGAACGAGGUGACGUUGAGCAUCCCUGUGGACCACCCCGUGCGGAAACUCUUCCAGAAAUUCAAACAGCAAAAGGAGAUGCGUAAUCAGGGUUCAACCCACAUUGACCCAGAAAGGAACCAGCUUCAGGUGGAAAGCCGGAGUGUGCAGAAUGGGGCCUCCAUCACAGGCACCAGCGUGGUCACCGUGUCUCAGAUCACUCCCAUCCAGACGUCCCUGGCUUACAUGAAAACCAGCGAGGCUGUGAAGCCUAACAACAGGGAUGCAAUGGAGCUCAAGCCAAAUGGUAAUGGAGACCAAAAAUGUCUGAAAGUAAACAGUCCCAUGCGGAUGAAAAACGGGAAUGGGAAAGGAUGGCUUCGGCUGAAGAACACAAUAGGGACCCACGAGGAGAAGAAGGAGGAUUGGAACAACGUCACGAAGGCCGAGUCCAUGGGUUUGCUGUCCGACGACCCCAAGUGCAAUGACUCGGAGAACGGUGUAAAUAAAAACCCCCUGAGGAAAACAGACUCUUGUGACAGUGGAAUAACAAAAAGUGACCUUCGCUUGGAUAAAGCUGGUGAGACUCGCAGCCCCCUGGAGCACAGCCCCAUUCAGGCUGAUGCUAGACAUCCUUUCUACCCCAUUCCUGAGCAGGCCUUACAAACCACGCUGCAGGAGGUCAAGCACGAACUCAAAGAGGAUAUCCAGCUGCUAAGCAGUAGGAUGGCUGCCCUUGAGGAGCAGGUGGCAGAAAUCUUAAAAAUCUUGUCUGAAAAGAAUGUGCCCCAGAUCUCUUCCCCCAAGUCUCAUUUAUCACCCCAGCGGCCCCCCCAGAUACCCUGUCAGGAUAUUUUUAGUGUUUCAAGGCCUGCGUCACCCGAAUCAGAAAAAGAUGAAAUCCACUUUUAG